GGGAGGGCCGCGGGCCGCCGGGGACUGGAGCAUGGGACGGCGCGCCUGAAGGAGCAGGAAGGGGACGAAGAGGCCUGGGACCCCGUAAAGAGAAGAGGAGAACGAGGGGACGAGAGCGGAGGAGGAAGAUGCAACUGACUCGCUGCUGCUUCGUGUUCCUGGUGCAGGGUAGCCUCUAUCUGGUCAUCUGUGGCCAGGAUGAUGGUCCUCCCGGCUCAGAGGACCCUGAGCGUGAUGACCACAAGGGCCAGCCCCGGCCCCGGGUGCCUCGGAAGCGGGGCCACAUCUCACCUAAGUCCCGCCCCAUGGCCAAUGCCACUGUCCUAGGGCUGCUGGCCCCACCUGGGGAGGCUUGGGGCAUUCUUGGGCAGCCCCCCAACCGCCCGAACCACAGUCCCCCACCCUCAGCCAAGGUGAAGAAAAUCUUUGGCUGGGGCGACUUCUACUCCAACAUCAAGACGGUGGCCCUGAACCUGCUAGUCACAGGGAAGAUUGUGGACCAUGGCAACGGGACCUUCAGCGUCCACUUCCGACACAAUGCCACAGGCCAGGGCAACAUCUCCAUCAGCCUCGUGCCCCCCAGUAAAGCUGUAGAGUUCCACCAGGAACAGCAGAUCUUCAUUGAAGCCAAGGCCUCCAAAAUCUUCAACUGCCGGAUGGAGUGGGAGAAGGUAGAACGGGGCCGCCGGACCUCGCUUUGCACCCACGACCCAGCCAAGAUCUGCUCCCGAGAUCACGCUCAGAGCUCAGCCACCUGGAGCUGCUCCCAGCCCUUCAAAGUCGUCUGUGUCUACAUCGCCUUCUACAGCACGGACUAUCGGCUGGUCCAGAAGGUGUGCCCAGAUUACAACUACCAUAGUGAUACCCCCUACUACCCGUCUGGGUGACCGGGGGCAGGCCACAGAGGCCAGGCCAGGGCUGGAAGGACAGGCCUGCCCAUGCAGGAGACCAUCCGGACACCGGGCAGGGAAGGGCUUGGGCCUCAGGCAGGGAGGGGGGUGGAGAGGAAGAGAUGCCAAGUGGGGCCAGGGCCAAGUCUCAAGUGGCAGAGAAAGGGUCCCAAGUGCUGGCCCCAACCCGAAGCUGUGGUGUGACUAGAUCACAGGAGCACUGGAGGAGGAGCGGGCUCUCUGUGCAGCCUCACAGGGGUUUGCCACGGAGCCACAGAGAUGCUGGAUCCCCGAGGCCUGUGGGCAGGCCGAUCAGUGUGGUCCCAGAGUCAUGGGAGGAACCUAAGCCCUUGGUUCUUGCCAUCCUGAGGAAGGACAGCGACAGGGAUGGGGAGAUUUCAUCAGUGUGGACAGCCUGUCAACUUAGGAUGGAUGGCUGAGACAGGGCUUCCUAGCAGCCAGUCAGGAGGGUGGGGUGGGGCCAGAGGAGCUCUCCAGCCCUGCCUAGUGGGCAGCCCUGAGCCCCUUGUCCUGUGCUGAGCAUGGCAUGAGGCUGAAGUGGUGACCCUGGGGUCUUUGAUGUCUUGACAGAUUGACCUUCUGUCUCCAGCCAGGCCACCCCUUUCCAAAAUUCCCUCUUCUGCCAGCGCUUCCCCUCUACCACCCAUUGCUGAUGGCACACCCAUCCUUAAGCUAAGACAGGACGACGGUGGUUCUCCCAGCACUAAGGCCACAGCCCAUCCAUGUGCUGUGUGUCCCUCUUCCACCCCACCCUCUGCUAGCUCCUCUGGGAGCAUCCAUGUCCUGGAGAGGGGUCCCUCAACAGUCAGCCUCACCUGUCAGACUGGGGUUCUCCCGGAUCUGGAUGGCGCUGCCCUCUCAGCAGCGGGCAUGGGUGGGGCGGGGCCAGGCCGCAGAGCAUGUGCUGGAUCUGUUCUGUGUGUCUAUCUG